AUGUUUCCCAGCAGACCACCUGUGCCCACUGGGCCAGGCGGUGCAUGCAAGUUCACUGUUGUGGAGACUUGUGAUAGAAUAAAGGAGGAAUUUACUUGUAUGCAGCAGCAAAAUCACUCACUGCAACUCGAGAGGGAAAAGCUUAUCAGUGAGCGAUCAGAUAUACAGAGAAUUUGUGUGAUGUAUUAUGAAAUGGCCAAUGGUUUGAAUUUAGAAAUGCACAGACAGAUGGAAAUAGCAAAAAGGUUAAGUGCUAUACUUACUCAAGUGCUACCAUUCCUGUCGCAGGAGCAUCAAUCUCAAGUUCUGUCAGCUGUUGAAAGAGCAAAACAAGUUACAAUGCAAGAAUUAAACUCCGUUUUGGCUGCACAAAUUGAGGACGUAAAGUCCUCGAAGUUUUUCAAUGGUAAUAGCAUGGGUCUCCCUUUAGAACAAUUUGAGGCCUACAAGUUGUCUGUUAUGGGAGGAGCUAACCAUGGGGUUUCCGGAUUACAUGGUUCUAAUAUGUCUUCAGGCCAUUCAGCUGGCAACACAUCGUCUAGCACUCCUGGGUCUCUUCAGUCUGCGUCAAUUAAUGCACAAACGUCAGGUUUACUUCCUUCUCUUUCCCCGUCUGGUAACCCUUCAGUAUCAGCUGCAUUGUUGAAUGGUUUGAUGUCUGCUGCCGGCGCGUCUGUAGGACCAGGAGCUCUAAUGCUUCAGUCUUCUAGUUCAAGGAUUUCUCCCCUAGGACGUGAAGCGGAAAAGUUAAUGACUAAUGAGGAGAAACAACGUGCUGCUACUGCUGCUGCAGCAGCGGCGGCAGCAGGUAGUUUUCUGCUAUCCAGUCGCUCAUCCGGCAACGGUCCAUGCCUAGUUCCUCCACCACCAAACCCCAUCACUGGUUUGUUAGGCAGUUGCGGUGAGUUCCCUGGUUUUCCUGGUGCAUUCCCACUUAGCGCAGGCGUAGGGGGUACAGAUACCGGUAGAUCUCUCUCAUCAGUACCACCUAUUUCUCAACAACCUUGUCGAAGUUCAUCCACGGAUGAUACCGGGGGCCGACAAAACAACUCGAGUGGCGUGCAGUUAGGAUCUUCUAAUUUCGCUGGCCUUCCUCAUUCUGGCUUAUCUGCAUUAACCAAUCCUUUGUUACUUCCCCCUCCAACAACUCCAACUACGCCCGGUGGGAAUUCGGCGCACAGUAACUCAAAUCCUACAGGAGGUUCAGUUGUGGAUGAGAAAAGACGCAAGCUUAAUGACUCAAAGGAAAGUGGACAUGAAAAUGGUAACUGGCGAACAAAUGAUGAUAUGCGUUCUGUUUCGGAAAGAGGUUCAAAUCCCUCGGGUGGUGGUCGUCGAAGUGGGAGCAAUCGUCAACCUCUUAAUCUCAGUCCUCAGCUCGGUUCUGGACACAGUAGUACCUAUCCAACUACUUCAAGCGCACCUGCAGUUGGUUCGGGCAGUGUGAAUUCUGGACGUUCAUCUCAGACAUCUGAAGUUUCAUCUUUAACUCGAUGGAAGCAAUCAUCCAAAAACACACAGUCUGGACCAGGCGCAUAUUCAUUCAUUGUACUACCUAACGGACAAACUCGACCAUGUGCAUUGGCUUCUGCUCCUGGAGCAACUACUGCUCAGGGUUUACCUCGUCGACUUCAGCACCUCGCCAGUUUACCUCAUGGUGACGUAGUUUGUGCUGUUACUUUGGGCCCCUGCCCAGUAGGACGUGCUUCCUCUCUUGCUGCCUCUGAUCUUGGAUCUCGCAACGCUGGGAGUGAUACAGACAGUGUAAAUAUUGGCUCUCCAGGUUCAAAUGCUGCUGUCUCAAUUCCCUCUCACUUCGCUUACACUGGUGCUCGAGGCAGCGUCAAAUUAUGGGAUCUUGCGUCAAUUAGUGCUAGUUCAGCAAAUGCACCACUAGCAAAUAGAGAUAUAUCCCCACUUGCCACAUUCGACUGUUUAUGUUACGACAGUUACGUUAGAUCCAUCAAACUUUUUCCGGAUGUCACUGGUCUCAUAGUUGGUGGUGAAUCUAAUGCACUUACUGUAUGGGAUUUAAAUGGUCCAGGACGACGGAAAGCUGAAUUAACUUUUGAAGCACCCGCAUGUUAUGCACUUGCUUUAUCCUUAGACGGGAAGCUAGCAUACAGUUGUUGUUCAGACGGUCAGGUCGCAGUGUGGGAUGUACAUAAUCAAAGUAUCGUUCAUCAGUUUCAUGGACAUGUUGAUGGUACAUCAUGCGUCGAAAUUACCCCAGAUGGUAAUCGAUUAUGGACUGGUGGUUUGGACCAUAAAGUUCGAUGUUGGGAUAUCCGUGGAAAUCCUGUGACCGAUAGUAGCGAUGGGAGCCGAAAAACGCUCCUGAUAGUCUCGUAAAGCCAACUUCAUAUUGGAGCAUUUAACGUCAAUGCCCCUUCGCCAAAUCUGACAACAGGCAACAAAUCGCUAUCCAGAACUGUGGCAUUUUGAGCCGUGGAUGUAUGUUGGGUUUUGCAGACACUCAUCAUGCAUGUGUGAAUAUUCACCUAACCCUACCUGACUAACUAGGUGAGUUUGCGAAAUCCAUCUUACGGGUGUCGGGAGAUUCUUUAGUUAGUUCGUGAGGACUCGCAUAGUAUGGAUAGGAUUGGGUGGUAGGGCAGAAAAAUCCCUAUUUGACUGGAUUCCAACGGAUAGUCUUAUGUGUGCUGUCCAUCUGAACAGAUCCGUUAGAGGAAGGAAAGACUGCGUUACUCAUCGAUGUCUUUUCAUAAUCUCCACUUACGUCCCAACCGGCUGCAGUUCCAACGAAAUAAAGGAUGAGGUCUAUCAAAAACUGUCUAGUUUGCUGCGAAAAGCAAAACUCUCCUACGUAAUUGUUUUAGCAGGCCACUUCAAUGCCCAAGUAGAGAAGUUAUGCCAGACUGAGAAGUAUAGUGGUGGUACCUACGGAGUUACCUGCCGAUGAACCGACAACGACGAUUUUCUCCUACAGUUCUGUUUGGAUAAUCAUCUGUUCUUGGUCAGCACUGACUUCAAACACAAAGAUAUUGCGUGACCCAGUGACCACCAUCCAAUCAUCGAUGGACUUAAAUAAACCACAUAGCGAUGAGCUAUUGUCGACCACCCUUUGUGGAGCACGUGCAUAAGCUCUGAUCACACCCUGGUCCGUGCACGUUUUGUUUACAACUGGACGGAAAUAAAAAACUGUCAGAAUAAAGCUGUUAUGCCCCCAACUUGAUCAGAGCGCUGAGUCUAUUUAAGGAAGAAAUUGCUAGACGCGUAUCGGAGAUUGACACCAAGACUCAUCCUGACGAAGCCUGGCACAGUAUCCAGCUAGCUGUACAUACAGUUGUAAAGGCUGUUAAUAACCUAAAACCAAAGGUUAGUUAAAGCCAGUGGAUAUCAUUUAAAUUGUGUUAAUCUGUGAUUUUUUAUUAGUCUGAUGAUAUAAACUGCAGACAGUUAAGUCAAAAUAUUAUCGUAUGAAACUAACCUAAAGAUAAUUUUCACGGAACACGAUUGUUUCACUUGACAAUUGUGACUGCCUUGCGUUAGUCAAGUGCAUAUCUGAUGAGAUUUUAAACAGGCAGAAAACUUAUUAUCUUUUCAUUACAAUCAGGCUCAUAUUUUUUCAUUUUUACGACAUUUUGUUCGCAUUUAAAAACAUUUUUAUAAAAAUAGAAAUUAAAGGUGAUGGGAAUUUAUUUCAUUAAGUGUUAUUUUCCUUAGGGCUAAUCUAGUUAGUUAACGUUAAUUUGAACGGCUUGUAAACUUAUUUUUUAUCUAUUUGUCGAUCGAUCGUUGUCCCUUUCUCCUGGAUUGUCUUAUUUACCUUACUUUUCUUCCCUCAAUGCUGAAGUGUUUGUCUGCGUAAAUGAUUCGUUUUGUUUUUAUUUGAGAAUGAAAAAAAGGAUACUAAUUGUGUUUUUUGCUUUUCUUCUUCUGUUCAAUCAUCCAAUCACUCUUCAAUUCUGAUCAAUUCAUCAUAAAAAUAUGUCUACCCUUUCUUUCUCUGUCGUUUUAAGUAAUUGGGAACUAUUAAAAAGACUCCCCAUAGAUUAUAUUCUAUCUUUCACUGAAGAGGAUUAUAUUUGUGCGUGUUGUGAACACGGUAACAUUAAUAUUUAUUGAUAGCAUAAUUGUAAUGAAAACCGGUUUGUUAAGCUUCAAUGAUUGUCGUCUUGUCUUUUUAUUUUCCUGACCAGCUUAGGGUGAAUCUUGAACCUGCUAGCUAUAACCAGUGUAUUCAUACAGAGACAUGUUAUUUGUAGAUGUUAUGCUGACUGUUUUGACACACACACACACACACACACACAGAGAGGGUAAACAGAAAUUUAAUUUCUUCAGAGAUCAUUUUAUUUCUUGUCAUUACACCUUCACCCCCUGUACGAUAUUACUCCGGAAUCUUCCAGCAAUUAUACUGUGUCGUUUAAAUCUACCUCACUGAAUUUCAUAUGUAUGAUCAUUCAAAUGAUGUAUAUGUCCUCCCCUCGCCCUUACUGUUGUGUUUACAUGCAUAAUCGUUGUUGCCUGUCUGCUGAGUGAGUGUCUCUGGUUGCCAACAUGGACAACUAUGUAUAUAUGUUGCCGUUGGCAAAAUCAAAUUUUUUUCACAACUAAAAGACACUAAUUCAGAAUCGAAUUUCUCAUUUGUCCGUUUUGUAUUUACAUUUUUAUUUUUUUGUUUAUGUUAUCUGCAAAUUUCUACAUGAAAACAAAUGGUUCUAAGAUAUGUGUUUACCCACGAGUGCAUGAGUGUAUAUAUUCAGGAGUUUACAGAGAAUGUAAAACUUGGUAUUCACUACUACUCAGCAACGGUCUUAUAGUCUUUUAUUUGCGUGUGUCCAGACACAAUCAAAGAUACCGGGAUAUAAAAAUUUUCUGACUUUUUUUUCUCCCGCGGAUUCAUAAUUAUAAGUUGAAUUGAAUAUUAGACACUGUUCCUUAUCAUUCAUACUUAUCACUUAUUCUCCUAAUCAUUCAACUUUUCGCCGGUAGCUCCCGAACAAGAGUCCCGAUCUUCCUAGCACAUAAAAUAUCUCUUCUGGGUUUUAACUCUACUCUAACUCCUUUGUUUCGAGAAAGUAUGGAUUUGCAAACUGUUAAUGCGGAGUGCGGUUAACACACAUGUUUUAUUUAGACUUCCUACUUUUGCACUAUUCUAAAGUGCAUAGUUAACCUAAUAUUCUUCAUACUUCAAAAUACUUUUUAUCUGAAUUUGCAGUUACUAAUAGUCUUCAAUUUUACUUUGUUUCUUUUUUAGCCUUCACGGGAUGUCUAUCACAUUGAGUUCAAAUCACAAGUCUUUUCACUUGGUUUAUCUUCACAUAUAACUUCUAGUGGUCGACAAGCUGAGUCUGUGUCUCCAGUGUCAGUGGAUGGAGAGUCUACUUCUAGCGGCGGUGGUGCUGGGGGAGGUAACCGAGAUGCAGCCAGUCCGCAGUCAUUCGUCAGUGGAAGUACUAAAUUAUCGUCAACUGAAAGUUGGUUGGCCGUGGGUUUAGAGUCAUCCGAAGUAGAAGUAUUGGCUAUCGGACCAGAUGGGCCACCUGUUUCAGCAUUAUCCCUCAAUUACAAUAUGUCACGUGAUGAAUGUGGGAGUGGUAGUGGUGAUCCUUCCCCUAUACCUCAUCCUACUGCUCCUAACCAACCUCAACAUUUUCGUCUGACUCAUCAUGAAAGUUGUGUUCUCGCUUUAAGGUUUGCACAUCAUGCAGACUGGUUCCUUACAACAGGAAAAGAUCAUCAAGUCAAUGCAUGGCGCACUCCAUAUGGUGCCUGUCUACUGGAGGUAUCUGAUUUCACUAGGACUGUAUAUUUGAUAUUAUGUUUUGUAUUAUUGACAUAUCUGAAAAUUGUCCCCAGUAGUAUACAUGCAUCCACACCUUGUGGUUUUAAAAUCAGAACAUCAUUGUUUCUCGGUUAAAUUUUGUUAAUCGUAGUAUCCUUGUGUUUCUCUCCUCUUAUUUUAUGUAUGCUUUUCUAAAGAGUGACUACAGUGUGAUACAUCGUGCAAACCUCACCACUGACUCCUGUUUUCUGUUGGGUGUUUACAAACUGGUAUGCAUCUUAUGGUGCGUCGGUGACACAGCGGUAGAAUGCUCGCCGAUCAUGCAUAUGAUCCUGGGUUCGAUGCCUGGCUGACGCACUCCUUCACGUCGCUAAACCUGUAAUAAGAUUGGUAAAGAGGGGAGGUUGGGCAUAAGACCAGUAACCCCAUCCCGUAAAAAAUAAAACACCGCUGCUACCGAAAUUUCAAGCCUCUAGCUUGAAACCCUUUGUUCCACUGGAAACGUAAAGGAAUAAAUAAUGCAUCUUAUGAGUUAUUAUUGCUCCAGCUUAAUGGCUGUAUUGUUUAAAGAUGUAUAUUAUUAGGUUCAUCUGUAAACGAAAUAGUUCUUCGUAGCCAAACACAAACUGUAGUAACUGUGGAGUUUUGAUCAAUAAGCAUUCUUUAUGUGUCAAUUGGUCGGUAUCCGAUAGCUUCGUAUUAAUGAAUUAAUUGAACCAAUGCAGUGAAAUCUUGACAAGAGCCUGUGUUGUAUAUCACGUAGCUGGUUGGUCACUGUUAGGAUAUUUUAUGUGAUGCUAUGGAUCGUUGACUCAAGCAUGUAGUUCAGUAACGUAUCAGUUUACAGACACUUAUGCAUCUCGAAUUUCCUGCUGAAAGUUCAUUUCUUUAGAGAAAAUUGAACGUAAGAGUAUCAAAACUCUGUUUCAUUCAAGCAUAAGUGCUGCCUUUACAUGAAAACGUCGUCUGGUGACAACUGAUCGUAUUAGUGCGGAUCUUUUCGUCUCAAAUAACUAUGCUAUUACUGAGGUUUAUGGCCUUGACAUUGUGUAUGUGUUGUCCAGUCAUCACUAAGUUACCUGGAACAUGUAGCGGACUUAUUACAAUUUAUUAAUGGGUGGAAUUUUCAUUAUUUUAUGGUUUUAUCUAAAUGAACCAUUUUAUAUAUCUUUUAUAGACAAAGGAGGCUGCGUCAGUUUUAACGUGUGACAUAUCUUUGGAUGAUAAAUUUGUAGUUACUGGUUCUGGAGACAAACGUGCAAAUCUGUACGAAGUUAUUUUCACAUCUCAACGAUAAAAAAUGACCACAUUCCUCAACCAUUAUGCAACAUUCAAUUCUAAAUGUUUCUUC